AUGAGAGUAAAAAUCAAUGAAACUGUAACACAACAGGAUCAAAAGUCAAGCUCCCAGAGGGAAGCGGAGCCAAGUGCUUGGAAAGGGAACUGUCACCUGGGAGUCAGUAACCAAAUCCCAGAGCCUGGAGAACUCAGCACCACUUCUGGAAGUUCCCACAACUGCCCAGACAUGACAAGACCGUACUACUUUAAUACCAUCCUCAAAAAUGCUGAGGUUCACUUAGCAUGUUGUCCUGUUACUAGAAAUACCAGAUUUAGCAAAACAAUUAAAAAAAAAUCAGGACAGCCAGUAAAAUUUGAAUUCCAGAUAAACAAGGAACAGUCUUUUUUUAGUGUUAAGUAUGUCUCAUGCAAUAACAAUUAUUCCUUGUUUGUUUGA